CUACACUGUUAUAACUGGACAAAUUAUUGUCAUUGAAUCAUAACGCAAUUAUCAGGAACGUGAGGAAACGGGAAUAUCCUCGGAGAAAGUGUCAAUGUUCUUAAGUUAGAGUUUACCGGAACUUAAUAAUUCCAGGCGAAAUGGUUAUAGAUGGGAAUCUGAAAGUUAACGAUAUUACUGGACACAAGCACAUUGUUUCUAUGAGUAGCGUUCCAGUCUCUUUGCUUUACGGCAGUACUCACGCGCAGUUCAUUGAUCCUGACUAUUGGUGGUAGGAGAAUGUGGAUAGGCACUGAUUGUUGGUUGUCGUUUGUAGGAUUACCGGGUAGUACAAAAGGAGACGCGUUUAUGAGACUAAGUAUAUAUUGUUUUUACCAGUGAUGAGACCAUGUGUGUCAAUCAUUCAUUAUUACGCAGUAAACCUAAUGGUGUAUAGGGUGUUUCGUUGCUUCGGAUGCCAUUUUUAGGAAUUGUUUUGUUGCCUUUGUUCGGCAAACUUUUUAUUUUGGUUUGACUAUGAUGACUCUAUGUAAGUCGCUGGAAUCCCUAGCGUCAUCACGUCAAAGUCUCGCGACAUCCGUCGAGAAUCAGGAAUCUCCCUACCUUAUUCGAAAAGUCAGUGGGGAUCGUAGGUCGGUUCGUCCGGGAGCACCGUCUGAGCCCAACGAGUACAACUUCAAUUAUCACAAACGUGGCCUUUUUAUCAUCAUCAACAACAAAAACUUUCACCCGUCCACAGGUAAGGAACCACGUGAUGGAACUGACGCAGACGCAGAGAGGUUAGAAGAACGGUUCCAGGACCUCGGGUUCGAUGUCCGGCGAUAUAACGAUGUCUCCUCGUCCAAAUUACUGCAGCUCAUGAACGAAGCUGCUCAGCUCGACCACUCUGAUUCCGACUGCUUUGGCUGUGCUAUCCUUAGCUACGGAAUCGAGGGCCGAGUGUAUGCCACUGACGGAAUGCUGCCUUUGGAUGUCCUCAUCGUCCCUUUCAAAGGAGACAAGUGUCCUAUGCUGGUUGGAAAACCUAAACUUUUCUUUUUACAAUCCUGUCGGUGUUCAAAUCUGGAACAAUCAGCUGAGGAUACGGUGUCGUAUAAAAGCUUUCUCUCCGAGGAGUCUGAGCGGAGUUUUUCCGGAAUGAGGCGAAUCCCGGUGGAAGCUGAUUUCCUUUUCUUUUAUUCCACAGUGCCAGGUUUCUACUCUUGGAGAAAUCAUCAGGAGGGUUCCUGGUUCAUUCAAGCUUUGUGUAUAGUCUUAGAGAACUAUGGCUCCAAAAUGGAACUUCUGCACAUGCUCACUCAGGUGAACCGUAUGGUGACCUACGAGUUUGAGUCGUGUUCGGAUGAGGAGUUCACUGAUGACGUCAAACAGAUGCCUUGUAUUGUGUCCAUGCUCACCAGAUAUGUUUACUUCCGGCCAAAGAAACCGGAUAUCCGGGACUAAUUAUGUUUUAUGUUGUAAGGCUAUGAAAAAUAAAAAAUGGGUAUAACCAAGUGAAAAUGGAGUUACUACAUGUACAUACCACGGACAGAAAGUAGUCUACAAUUUUAGUAAAAGGAAAAGCCAUUAAAAUAACUAAAAAGUUGAUAUUAAUACUGUCUGAAGAACACCUGAUAUAGAAAAAAUCAUAAUAAAGCUUUGCUUUACAACAGAUCCCCACGAGCUUCUAAAUUAUAAAAAUGGAAGUUUUCA